AUGCCGUCCCAGGCAAAUAUCUUGCUUCGCCAACAACCAAAGUACCAGAAACAAGAACAGCAAGUAGAAGAAGCACUACACAGACUACCAUCUCCACCAACGUCGUCUUGCGGUGACGAUCCCCUGACAAAUACCAGAGACAUCUCAGAUAGUCGUAGAGGAAGCCUUCCGACCCAUUUUAAUGUCAUGACCCUCCAACGCUUCUCAACCUCCUUACCUGAGAAUUACACAAUCGACCAUUCGCUGGCCAAGUCACGACCAGAGCCCUUGGAGAAAACAUUGGUUUCAACUCCAACCAAUACCACAAACACAACUGGGAUUAAGAUCCGCCAACGAAGACCCUCUGAAGGCUAUCGUAAGGCUCGUCUCUCAGCAGAACCAAAGAAUUAUCAGGCUCAUAGGUGCGAUGCAUGUGGCAAGGUCUACAAACAUCUAAACUGUCUAGUAAAACAUCGAUGGGAGCACUCUGAUGAAUGGGAGCUCACCAGUAAAUUUCUUUUAACCAAACAUCAACAAGUACAAAUGUUAGAAGCUGCAGCGAUUCUUGUCAGUAUGGAUAACUCUUCCUAUAGCCCAUUUAAAGAUUCAUGA